CCCAAUCAAGCUGUCCGCGUACAGGGCAGCAUGCGCUCUCGCUGUAGGUCACGUGACACGGACGAAAUGGAACGGGGAAAGAAAGAAGGAAGAGAUAAAGGAGAAAAAUAAACAACGGAGGGAUUAUAUGGACAGAAGGUGGCGUCUUUAUCUGCAGCAUUCCUUAGGAGAGACAGAAAAAGACAAAAGAAGAUGGGCGACAUUUUAAUUUAUUAGGUCCAGAUGCGAUGGGUGGACAGUGGUGGAUGCCAGUUCGAUAUGAGAUAAACACGUAAAUAAAGAAUCUCCUGAGGAAAAGGAGGAAGGGAGAAGAUGAAGCUGAACGAACGCAGUGUGGCGCACUACGCCACCUGUGACUCACCACCAGACAAGACGGGCUUCCUGUUCAAAAAGGGUGAGCGCAACACAGCUUAUCACCGGCGCUGGUUUGUCCUGAAGGGUAACAUGCUCUUCUACUUUGAGGAGCGUGACAGCCGAGAGCCCAUCGGUGUCAUUGUCCUUGAAGGAUGCACCGUGGAGCUGUGCGAGUCAGCCGAGGAGUUCGCCUUUGCCAUCAAGUUUGACUGUGCCAAAGCGCGCGUGUACAAGAUGGCUGCCGAGAACCAAGCAGCCAUGGAGUCGUGGGUGAAAGCGUUGUCAAGGGCCAGCUUUGACUACAUGAGGCUGGUGGUGAAGGAGCUGGAGAGGCAGCUCGAGGAAAUCCAGGAGGCUGCAGGAGGCAACUGUGUCGGAGCUGGAGUCGGUGUCCUGCAGGGCAGGCCCAAGUCAUCCAGGCGACACCAGGUGUCACGGAGCAGGUCUGGAGCAUCCUCAUCUUCGUCAUCUUUAUCUUCCUCAUCAUCAUCAUCAAGUGCACCUGCCACAUCAGCCCUCUCCUCUGCACAAAAGGGCCUCCAGGAUGAGAUGCAGCCCAUUUCUGAGUGUUCCAAGGAGAAUAAAGUUGCCUGGAGUAAACCACCAGUUCACUUGGCAAAUGGUUUUGUUGACGCAGCGUCUUCCUGUGUGGCCUGGGAGGGCAGCGCAGACUCCGGGAACAGCGCACUGAUUGGUAAUGGGCCCGAUGGGGUGAGGGCUCCGCCAGUGCCACCCAGGAGAAGAGGAGCGUCUCUGGAAAGCCCUGUCUCUCCUGGCACUGGCUGCUUCUCCAAACUCCAUGACUGGUAUGGCAAAGAAGUGGAGGAACUGAGAGUGCAGUGGCUGCAGAGCCAGUAAACUGAUGGAGAUGGAUCAUCUGGAAUGAUAAAACUGUGAAAAAAGUUCCACAGUUUUAUCAUUCCUUCCUCAACAUUCUGCAAUAUUACACCCUUCUGAACCGAACAGAGGGGCGAGAAAACUGUGACUUGUUUGAAACUCUGUCUUAAUAUCAACAGUUAAAACAGAUCUAAAAAAUUUAGGUUGAUUCCAGAUCUUGUCUGGCACAGGGGAACCAGUGUGACUUAAACAUUAACACUAUCCACAGUACAAUCCAAAUAAUUUUCAAACCCAAAAUAUGCUCCCUCCACAGUUUACUAUCAUUUGCCAAGGACAAUUAAAAAUGUUAAAAUUACAGUAUUUAAAGUCAACAUUGAUUAAAGGUUGGCUUUGUUUGGCUUUGUUUUAUGUAAAAUCCAGAAAGAAAUAUGCUGUUCUAUUAUUAUUGUUAUUACCAAUGUUGGCUUCAGAAAUGCUGGUGCAGUUGUUUUGGAGUCAGUUUUCUUAAAAGCUGUAUGAACCUUGACCUAUCGUUGUGUUCUAGUAAAUGUAUGCAUGAAAACUAGCACAAGCUAAGCAUGCAGAAUACCAAAAAACAAACACUGCUAAAAUGACCACAGUUAAGUGUUUUCCUUUUGGAAGGUAAAAGUACGGGACGUUUCUGUUAUAUUAUGCAAAUGAAAUAAAGAAGGUCACAUCAACAACACUUUGAAAACAUUCCACAAACAAAAUAUAACAUUGAAGAUUAAACAAAGACGGAUUCUAUUGGUGCAGCAUCUUCACAAUCUAACAACAUGGGCAAGAGGACAGUUAACAGCUCUUGUGUCUCAUAACGUCAAGCCACUUUAAGCUGGCUGAGAAACUUGUCCAGAUUGUCUGCCAUAUUCCCACUGGGGCACAUCUUACCCCAGAGGCCUUAUGGUUGCUAAGGUCAGAGCAUCCUCUCGACAGUCACUGGGGACCGUUAGUGGUAGCGGGAUGUCUUGCUCAGAGCAACUCAUUGGUAUUUUUAGCCCUUGUUUGCCAUGAGCCAGAUGAUGCUGUGUCAUGAGAAGGCUUGUCACUUAGUUCUCUCUUGACUCUUGUGUUUCACAAAAGUUAGUUUCUUUAACUGACAGCACCUGACACUUGUUGUUGUAAUUAUCUGAUAAUUUCAUAUUCUUCUGCAUUGAAUCAUCUUAAUUUGAUCACACUGUUGGUUACUUUGUUACAGCUGAUUAACCUUAGUGUUACUGUUAAAGGCCUAUAACCUCUUGGUUUGUAUAGAAAUAUUCCAUGUUGGAAAUUUAACACCAGCAAUAUGCAAAAUGGGCCUUUUAAAACAAUUCACUUACAUAACCGUUUACAUUUUUGUUUUAUGUGUGCCUUAUGUCAUCAUUAUACUCUAUUAUUGCACUUGCAACCAUUACCAUAGUGCUACAGCAGUGGGAGGGUUUGACUUCUUUUUUAAACGUAUGACUGUAUUCUUUCUUUCUGGGAAAUGCUCAUCUGGGUGCAAUCAUUUUUUGACAAUGGCUCGGUUCCUUCGGUCAAUAUCAAUGCACAGCACUAUCAUUACUGUUAUACACUUAGUUUGUACAGAAACGACAAUGUGGAAAGGAGUGAUACAGUGUGGGUUGGGUUUUUUCAAAACAAUGGUAUCAAGGCAGUAUGGUUUUGUCACCCAUUAUCUAAAAGUAAUGUUGUAGUAGCAGUUUCAUUAAGAGCGUUGAAGAAAUUACAGAUGAUUAUAGUCUGGUUUUUUUUCAAUAAUAUUUAAAGGAUUUUGUGAAUGUGUCAAAUCAACCAUAUAAAUGAUCAUGGAAUCAGGAGUGCCAAAUGAGGAAUGCAAUCUAAAAUGCACAAUAACAUUUUUUUCCUUUGAUUUCCAUGGUUGUGCUACAGUUUUUCAUUGUCUUAGUACACGUUGAGUGUCAUUUUUAAAUAACUAAUAAUAUUUAGUACAUUGUCCUGAUAUGGUACUCUGAAAAGAACUAAGCAUUUGCUGUAAUACUCUCAAUAAACAGCGUUAAUAUGU